CUAUCAUCUACGGGCGCCGCCUGCUUUUGCCUUGCAUGUAGCCAGACGAGAACGCAUGCCAGCACCGUGCAACCAUCGACGGUGAAAGUUGGAUCUUUACUCCGUUGGAGAGGGAAAGGAGGAAGCUGUGGUGGUGGAUUCGCUGAAUAUUAUGCCUGUUGAGGCUAUAGGACCCCAUUUUUCCCCCUUGACAUGGCGUCACAAAGGUCUCAGGAGACAUCAAGUCCUUCCGCAUCCUCCAUCUUCCUCCCCCUCGGUCGGCGAUCUCGACGAGGCUCCGUUGCCUCAUACAGCACCCAAACUGAGAGGGAGAAUCUGACGGAAGCUCUCGAUCAGAUCCACAAUGCAGCUUCCCAUUCCGAUACCCUCACCGUUUUCAAUGAAUUCACGAACCCCCCCGUACCCUCGUCCGCCACCGAUAACAAGACCGGCGUCGUGGGGGAUCUGCAGGGUGGCCUGAGUGGACUCUAUAGCCUUUUACGAGCAUCUGUUGGUGGCGUUAAGGACAUGGUUGGGAGUUCAACGAAAGCGGCCGAUUCUGAAGCUACGACGGCAAAGACUCUUCAAUCUCCGCCAUCCCAGCUGAGCCUAUCCGCGUUGGGAGCCACUGACAACCAGCGGUCAUCGUCGAAUUCGGCACAUGCUUCUAAAACACAGUCGCCACUAGCGGGGACAUUCUCGACCCACCACGGAGGAAUGACGAGUGUCUCCGCCCCCAAAUCCUCCAAAAUGUCCUCCAAAGCCCCAAGUAUUUCCUCAAAGGCCUCGAUGCCAUCCGUUGGCGCGCUAAAACCGUCUCUCAGCUCCCUGACAAAGGUUUCUCCAUCUUCAGCUGUGGACCCCGCCGUUAGUGAGGUUAAUGUGAACGCUGUCAGACCCGGGCCGCAUCACACACCGAGUAAUUCGGGCAGUUUAUCAGCGAGUAUCAUGACAAAUGCAGAUUCAACGGCAUCCGACCGCAUAGAUGGUUCUCUACAGAUGUCGUCGCUGCAGUCAUCGCAAGAGCUAAAGACUAGUGUGUCAACUCGUCCUCCAGAGCUGUUGGCCAACACCGGCAACGAAGCUCAUAUUUAUGAGGAGAGAGAUCGCGUUAUACCCGGCACAUUACACUCACGAGGAACUUUACCCCACGAACGGACUUUGUCACCGACAAAGCCGUCCAUGACUGAUUCUCAAAACGAAUCAACAGAGCUUAACACCGCGUUUCCCCACUCCCAGUGGGACGAUAAAGAACCAGAACUUGACAAUAAUGUUCAGCCUCAAGUAGGAAACUCUACUACUUCCUUCUCCGUGGAUGCCUCACCUGUGCAGACGUCUAUGACAAACAGUGUCGCAAAACUAUCGACUGGUGAGAGCUCGGUCAAUGAUACUAGAACCGCCACUGCCGCUACAUCGGUGUCUAUGACGGACAGGGAGCCCUCGUCGGGUCACUCAUCUCGAACGUCUCUCAUAAAAUCACGAGAGAAGGCGACGCCUCGAAUUAGCCAAAGUCGUUUACCAGGAUAUGGGCCCUCCCGUAUGCUAUCCUCAACGUCCUCCGGUGCUCGUUCAUCUACGGCCAUUCCUCACAUUUCAUUCGAUACCCCGGAGCCGGUUCGUUCCAGCCAAAGUGGUACGAGGGUGUCGCAGGACCUAGAUCGCUCGCAAAGAGGCAAUUCUACACCUUUUAGAAGAAAACUCUUAAGUAGAGAAUACUGGAUGCGAGACGAGAAUGCUAAGGAUUGUUUCCAUUGUGGAGAGCCUUUCUCCACGUUUCGAAGGAAGCAUCACUGUCGAACAUGUGGUCAAAUUUUCGACUCCAAAUGCACAUGCAUCAUCUCGGGAGCCCCGUUUGGCCAUUCUGGCUCUAUCCGAGUUUGCAAACGUUGCGAGGCUGUGAUUAACGGCCAUGAAUCCGACUCUUCUGAUUACAGUGGCGAUGAUUUGAGUCCAGUAGUCUUCAAUUCCCGUAAUUCGGAAAGCUUAGGAAAUGCCGUCAAGGCUAGACUUUCCGCCGAAGACGAUGAUUCUUCGUCCGUUGUCUCUCAAUCGGUUGAUCAGGUUUUGAAAACUCCGACCAUGGCUAUUCCUGCGACACGGCGCACAGGAGAUGGAAAUAAUCGUCGCUCUGCCAUUCUCGAAAUAGAGUCUGACCGCCCGCUUACGAGGCCCACAUCCUCUAGGUCGUUACGAUCCUCUUUAAAUGGAAGAGCACUCUCCGCCUCUCAUAAACGGCACCAUUCCAGAACUCAAUAUAUCCGCAACCUAAAAUCCUAUCAUGAAGACAAAGCACCUUUUCAACGCCGUGUCGGGGAGGACUUUCCCAGCAACUCUAAGCUGCAUGCGUUCCAUCGAGAUAGCAUUAUCGACCCUGAUUUGGCGCAGUACCUUUCAGACGAUGCCUCAAGCGCCGACGAGCAACCAAAUUUGUUUUCUGUAGUCUCCGAUGGACCUCUUUCCAAGAGUAGUGGUGAGGGAGAGAAGGCAACCUUUGGAGGUUUCCUUGCAGCAGUAAAAAAGGGCCGUUCCCGCUUUGGUGACAAGUCUGGAGGAACUUACUCUGGCCGAGAUUUGGAUGACGGAAGCGUUAGCAGUUCCCGAGCUGUAAACCCGGGUCGUUCCCUUAGAAGGCGAAAUUUGAGCGUCGCAAGUAGCGUCCAUCAGCGCUUUUCACCAAGACCUUCUAAAGACACUCCAUCAGUCGUUCAUUAUUUUCAGGAUCCCAACAUGGCUACAUUCUCUGCGACCCAGCCAUCUGGUCCCGGAGGAUUUAAGAUGACAAGAAGUUCAUCAAUGAGAGGCGCUGGCGCUCCUCCGAUUGAAUUGAACCGAGCAAGUCUUCAGCAUGUAAGAAAGCUCCUUCGACAGCUGCUAAAAGACGCAUCUAUACCGCACUCGCACAGCUGGGAAACGGCUCUACUGCCAAUUCUUUUAAAGGCCACUGAUGAUGUUGAACCUGACGUUCAACAGGGCGAUGACAUGGACAUACGACAUUAUGUCAAGCUCAAGAAGAUACCAGGUGGUCGGCCAGGGGACACAUCUUACGUAUCUGGCCUUGUCUUUACGAAAAACUUGGCUCUGAAAAGUAUGUCGAGAAGUAUCCCGCGACCAAACAUACUCAUUAUCACUUUCCCUUUGGAGUACGCGCGGCAGCAACAGCAUUUCAUGAGCCUGGAGCCGGUGAUUCGCCAAGAGCGUGAGUUCCUGGAAAAUCUUGUUGGAAGAAUAUCCGCGUUGCGACCCAAUGUUCUUUUAGUGGAAAAGAAUGUAUCCGGCUUGGCUCUGCAGCUCCUGGAAAAGGCAGAUAUUGCAACAGCUUACAAUGUUAAGCCAUCUGUCCUCGAAGCGGUGUCAAGAUGCACUCGGACCAAGAUUAUCACGUCGAUGGACAGGCUUGUUGCUGCGCCGGCAUACCCUGGUCAAUGUGGUAGCUUUGACGUCAAAACAUACGUUCACAACGGCCGAAAGAAGACAUACAUGUAUAUCUCUGGGUGUCCCAAAGAGCUAGGUUGCACAAUUGCGCUCCGAGGGGCUAGCAACGAGGUCCUUAUGAAGAUUAAGCGAAUCACGGAGUUCAUGGUCUACGUUGUUUAUAACCUCAAACUCGAGACCUGCCUCAUGAGGGACGAAUUCGCGAAGAUCCCAACGUCGCCACAGGAAAAUACUCCAUCGAUGAAGCAUAGCCCCUCGGCCUCCAUCAGUGGGAACGCUGAAUCUAAACUCUUGGCAGAAACUGGUCCAGGAGAUAUUCCCAACACAAAGGAGAAAAGCCAUGAUCAUCAAACUAGCCAGCCAGAUCUUUCGGUGAUGACCGCAUCUUUAGAGGCCCAAUGCACUAAGCCGGAUACUUGCCAGGAUACUCCAGCCCCCGCAUUCUACGAAGAUAUGGUCGAAAAGCAUCAAACAAAAAUCCUCUCGGCUUCUCCUUUCGUUAAAUUUCAACAACCGUACCUCUUGAUGCGUGCGAGGGAGCUUGAAAGGCAACUUGCAUAUCUCAAACGCCUUCGUGAUCAGGAUUUUGCAGCUCACGCGCCAAUCGAUGAGACUGGAAAAUCUCAGAGGUUCGUCCUUAUUACACCUGAAAUGAUACACGAGUCACCGUCAGGCGCCUCGGAAAAAGCGAAAGAAGUCCUGCAUGCAGUGCACGAUGCAGAAUAUGACAGAGCCUUAUAUAUCUACCAAACGCAGAAACGACAAUGGGAAACCUAUAUAUCCGGCAACAGUAAUCUUUUCGAUCCUUAUGCGCAUCAGAAUAUCGUCGUUCUUUAUAGCUUGGUGUGCACGACCACAUCCAUCCCUUGUUCGGGACCAGAUCUCUUCGCCCUCGACUUCUAUAACGAUCAUGGCUCGGAUAGGAUUUUCGAGGCCGAUUGCACGUUAGGCCAGUAUGUGGAGGAUUUAUGUCACAAUGCAAAUACUGUAUGCACAGUUAAUGGCUGCGAAGAACGAAUGUUUGACCACCACCAACAAUACGUGCAUGGUGACGCUCAGGUUAGCAUUUUCGUCCAGCCAUAUCCCUCAAAACUUCGCGGUUUGCAGGACACAAUCCUCAUGUGGAGCUGCUGCAAGAAAUGCGGAAAUGAAACACCCGCAAUGUCCAUGUCGGACAGUACCUGGAAAUACUCCUUCGGGAAAUAUCUCGAGCUAUCCUUUUCUAGCGCAGACUUGCAUAUCCGAGCCGGAGUUUGUUCUCAUGAUCUGCAUAGAGAUCAUUUGAGGUAUUUUGGCUACAAAGACGUCGCGCUUCGCAUUCACUAUGACCCAAUUACUCUGCUCGAAAUCAUAGUGCCACGCCCGCGCGUGACGUGGAAAGUGGACAAGGACCUUCGGCUCCGAAAUGAAAUCUUUACCAAAGCUGAGUAUCGAUUAACACGCUUCAUGAAUUCAGUUAAAGCGCGGUUAAAAGGAAUGAACGUCGAGAGUGUCGUUCCGGAAAUGGUCCAGUCUUGCAAGCUAGAGAUUGAGGUUCUUCUGAAGAGAGCCAACGAGGAGCACGCCACUCUUCUUAAGCAGCAUCAGGAAAUGUAUAUGAACUCGAGGUACUGGGAAACCAUCCCUCUAAACCGUGUGAUCUUAUCCAUGCAGGAAAAGGUUGUUGAAUGGGAUGCAACUUUCGCCGAGUUUGAGCGCAACUAUUUCCCAUCUGAAAAGGAUAUUAAGCGAUUGGCAGCACUACAGCUCAAACGGAUUUUCCUCGAUAAAGAUGUGUCUGUUACCUCCCUCACUUCUGGUGAUGAAACUCCAGCGACGACUCCGGAGCCUGACGAACAAGGCACUGAAGUUAAAACUUCUCCGGGCAUGAAACGGAGGAUGACGUUAUCCCCGCAGCAAGCAAAAAGCGUUCUCGAGUCUGUUGUGGAGGAGCAUUCUGGCCGGUCGAACAAGGAUCACGAUAGCGACAGACAACUAUCGCCUUCCCUUGCCCCUAAGGAAGAAGCAAAUAUUCCUCCGGAAACACCCAUGAAUCCUCAGGAUGGUGUGCAGCAUUUGGAUUUGGCUAUUCCUAAUAGCAUUGCCGAACGACUUUCGCCGCCAAAGGAAACUGCUGAAGACUCUAGUGACCAGCCUAACUUCCUGGAGCGAAUUUCUGAAGUUACACCGCCGAGCUUGAAUGCAGACGCCAAUGAAGCGGAAGCCUCGUCGAAGGUUGAAAAGGACCCACAGCCCGAAGAGGUUUCCGAUAAUCUAGGCGAUGAUAACAAUUCCUCCGAAGCUACGGAAGAAACGACCUCUAAACCUCCUCCAUCAGGGAUACCGCGCCCUUCGGGUGAGAAAGGGAUUCGGAGAGCGUUCCGCGCACGCUCUCCACCGCUCCUUCGAACCCAGUCACAACCUGCGCAUAUCCAAAAGGAAAAGAGCCUCACCGGAAGACUCUCUCCUGCAAACUUUACUCCAAGCACUACUCCUCCCCCCAAGAAUGAAGAAACCCCUUACUAUCAUACCGAAGAAUCAAAGCCAAAAGGAGCCGAAAAACGGCUUUCGGAACGACUGGGGUUGUCGUCUUUAAAACCUAGCAAAUUGACAUCGGGGCAUUCUCUGAUACCGCGCUCUAUCCCCAGCAAGCCUAACUCAAAGGUUUCCUCACUUGCAAGACAUUUUGAGCAAUUGAGUCGCGAGUUCGAGAAAGAACGGCAAAGGGAAAGGAGACAACGAGCUGCGCAGGGGAAGCAGUCACGUGCAUAUCCAAUGGCAUCCUCGAAUCCAAUCAUGGAAGUUUACAAGAGCGUGAAGGAUGCAGUUGACCCCUCAGACGAAGACUUCCUGACAAACCUGCCUUCGGGAGCCCCAUCGAGGGAGUCGACCAGCCUAACCGAUGGAGGGGAGAAACGUGUUGUCCCUGCCGAUCACCCACCAAAGCCCGAAGAGCCUCAGCCGGAGUCUGAGCCAAGGCCGUCUGAGGAGUCUUCGCGCGAAGGUAGUCAGCCUCCCUCGGAACCUGAUGGUGAUGGUGAGCAGAGUGAAACUGAGAAAUGUCUGCUUGAAGAGUUUCAUUCAGCCGAAGAUGCGAAUAAUAUACCUGCCGAUGAAAUUGCAUUGGAACUAAAGGAGCUGCCGAAACAUGAACGGAACUCUUUGGUUAAGAUGCUUGCCAACUUUUGGGCAGAGCGCUCCGCGAGUGGCUGGGCACCUCUUGACUACCCCUUGAGCGAUUCAGAUCAUGUGUUUGCUGAUUGUGACAUAAUUGUCCGAGAAGAUGAACCGAGCUCUUUGAUCGCGUUUGCUUUAGAUUCGGGCGACUACAAGCAGAAGCUUCGAAGCAUUCAAGAAACUAAUGAGAUGGCCCAGACGAACAUUCCAACGGAAAUUGGAAGUCCCGAUUCUCAACCAGAAGUUGAGCAGUCGCUGCUGCGGAGUACGGGGACACACCUUAAGUACCAAUUCCAGGAGGGCAGCGCGAAAAUGCUUUGCAAGAUAUUUUACGCGGAGCAGUUUGAUGCCCUUCGGAGAAAAUGCGGCAUCUCUGAACGCAUCGUGGAAUCUCUAUCUCGCUGCAUGAAAUGGGAUUCCAAAGGCGGCAAAACUAAGUCCCUCUUCCUGAAGACACUUGAUGAGAGGUUCAUCCUCAAAUCACUAUCGACAGUUGAGACUCAGGCUUUCUUGAAAUUUGCGCCGGCAUAUUUUCAGAUUAUGUCCGAAGCUCUGUUUCACGAACUCCCCUCCGCAAUAGCCAAAAUGUUUGGCUUUUACCAAGUCAUUAUCAAGAAUCCCACUACCGGAGUAGAAUUCAACUGGUUUUUACUACUCAUGGAGAAUCUGUUUUACGAUCGCAACCCCACCCGUAUAUUUGACCUCAAAGGCUCCAUGCGUAAUCGCAAGGUGCAGAGUACAGGGGAGCAGAAUGAGGUCCUUCUCGAUGAGAAUAUGGUUGAGUUUAUCUACGAAAGUCCACUUUUUACAAGAGAGCACUCGAAGAAGCUUCUCAGCCAGAGCGUCUGGAAUGAUACAUUAUUUCUCGCGCGCCAGAAUGUCAUGGAUUACUCCCUUAUGAUUGCGAUUGAUGAAGGUCGUCAGGAGCUUGUUGUCGGGAUCAUCGAUUGUAUAAGGACGUACACCUGGGAUAAGAAACUGGAAUCAUGGAUCAAGGACCGUGGAUUUGCUGGUGGCGGCAAGAAUCGUCCAACAGUGACAAGUCCCAAGGAAUACAAGAAUCGUUUCCGUGAGGCGAUGGCGAGAUACGUCCUUCAUGCUCCAAACCCCUGGCACCAGUUUCAGAUUCCAAAUCUAGGGAAGCCCGUCCCCAGUGCGCUCGAUGGAAGGCAAGAAAGUGACCUCGGAGAUCGACAGGCUGAGCUAAUAAACGAUUUAUGA